AUAUAUAUAUAUAUAUGUAUAUAUGUGAUGUGAUCUGCGAAAACCCAUCACAUUGUGAAACCUAUCACAGGUUUCAAUGCCAUACGAAAGAUUCGACCCCUUUCCAAAUCUGUUUUUACUUCUUUCAUAGCUUGUCUGUAACAAAAGUUAUGAUUAUCUGAAGUCAGCUGAUCGCACUGAUUUUUAGGAACGGAAUUUUGAGAAAAACAGGUUUGAAUAACUGUCACCCCCUUUUUCCACAUAGACAUGAAAAUGCACUAUCCAAACAUAAAUGGUUGUAGUUCAAGAAUGCUUUAGAAUAUAUACCUAAGGUUGGUCUCGUUUUAAAGAAUGCACUUGUCAGAUUAUUGUAGAAGUGAAAUAAAUUGUGAAAGUGAAAUAAAAUAAAAAAAACGUUAUAGAAGUUUGUUUAUGAAAAUGUAAAAAUAUAAUUGUUUAUAUUUUAUAAUAAUAUAUUACAAAGCAUGUUUUACUCUUAAACUGCAAGAAAAUAAAAGCCAAAAAUAUCAACAUUACAAAUUUUAUGUUGAAAUAUUUAAAAAAUUAGCUUUCAGUAAGAUUUUGUUUGGGCGCAGUACCAAACUUUUUCACUAGAUGACACCCAAGCUCCAUAUCUGACCAUUUAAGGGUGCCUCCAUUUAUUUGAGUAAUCUGAACCAUAUAUUUCCAUAUUUUCAUAUAUUUUAUGAAGCAGACAUCCUAUUCAGAAGUAGUAUGGGCAGUUUGGCUGAAUUUGAUUUGAAUUCAACCUCUAAUAAACACAUAAUUAGAACACGUGUGUUCAUUAUAGCUCCGUUGUUCUCCGCCUUCUCACGAUAAUGUUGUAUUAGGAAAAAAAAAUCUUUGCGUGCCGUAGUUUAUACAGGACUGGCGGGAAAUUUGCAUUAAUACACCUUCAUUCUGUAGUUUAUUUUGAUAGGUGAACUCUCUUUGUAGUGUUAAGAUAAGGAAAGCUAUGGGCGUUUUUUUUUUUUUUUUUUUUUUUUAAAACCUCCGCUGGGUGUGUUCUUAAACAGUAAUGUUAGAGAAAGACAGCCUUGCCACUAUAAAUUGCUAUUUUUCUGCACUUAACAGGUGAAUUUUGCCAAGAUAUUUUCAGAGAUGAUAGACAAGAUGUUAUAGAAUGAUAAUUUAAUGAAAACCCAAUUUUGACAAAAAAAAAUAACAUUCGACCUAUUUUUUGAAUUUACUGAAAACGUUCCAUCGCGACAUCCGACGGGUUUUCCCAGAUCGCAUCACAUAUAUAUACUAAUUCGUCGAUGUCUUGGUCUGGAGGCAGGCAUGUGCAAAUGUGUUUGCCCGUGUGACGUCACAAGUCCACCAAUAUCCAAACGAAUCGUUUUUGUUUAUGAUGAGGAGGGCAUUUUAAGCUCUGAAUCUUGCAGGACAUUUUAAUGGUACAAAGACCUCUUAUAUGUCAAAAGAUCAAGGCAAAUUUGAUUUCUCAUGUCAUGACCCCUUUAAAUACCCCCACACUCCAUCAGGUAGGGCCUCUUUACAGCAAACCAGAAAUGUGUUCCUUUUAACUUAUACUUAUUUAAAAAUAUAUAUUAAUUUAAAGAAUAAUUUUGAUCUUUUGUCAGACCUCAUAAUUUUAUAAUUUAUUUUAAAUCGUAAUUUUUGUUCUAUAGGUUUAACCAAGCAAAAUCAACAUCUUUUCAAGAACCCUCUUGGAUACAUUUUUGGGAAUCACUGCUUUAAAAUAUCUGCCUUUGUUUAGCUGAUGCUUUCUGAUGUUGUUAAGGACAGAUGUGCUUGUUUUCUAAUGAAAGGGAGUGUAUAGUGACCAGCUGAAUUUCUUUCUUUGAUAAUUUACAUUUCAAACAUAUGUAUUAAUAUAUUAUCAGUAGCUUUGUAGCAAACACUAAAAAGGGAAUACUCUUAGGGUGUGUUCACACUUGGCAGAUUUGGUUCAGUUAAAACAAAAUCUGGUGCGAUUUGUUCUGUUAGUGCGGUUCAUUUGAAUAAGUCUGAACACAAUUAAUUCUGAAUUUGAAUAAGUCUGAACUGCCAUUCAAACCUGGUGCGCACCCAACAAUUGGUCCGAGACCUCUGACAAGCGAACUUCCAAACAAACUCUUGUGUGGUUCGACUUAAAUAUGAACGCAAAAUGGACCAAAGGCAUCUAAACGAUCCAAAAACAGGACGUGAUGUCACAGGAUGCAACCCUAAAAGGACAGAAUGCUCAAGCACACCUGGUUUUUCUCAUCAUAUUCAUGAUGUUGCCUAUUACAUUUCGGUACAGGCAUCAGAACCGCUCUUUCUUGAAGCGGAUCUUAGUUUGUGUUUGUAACAAAGAAAUUACUGGUGAUUUGAGUCCUUUAUACAUUUUCUAAGCUCUUCAUGAGUUCUCAACCGGUAAAAAUACCAUUGUAUGUAUCUACGCACAUAUAAUGAGCGCACUUAGCACAGCACACAGCAUUGUUUUGGAUGUUCAGUAAGUUCCGUCACAAAAUAUAUGUCAUAAAAGCUGUUUUUUUGUUUUUGUUUUGUAUCUUUUGGUUCGGUCUUGAAAAUGACAGUGUGAACGCUAAGUGAACCAGGACUAAAUGUAUCAUGUUCUGUUUUGGUCCGGACCAAAAUAACCAAGAGAACCAAAGUACAAGUGUGAACACACCCUGAAAUUGAGAAAUCCAUACAGAAGAUACCAGUCUGCUACGAUACUGACAGCAGAUGUAAUUCUUAAGUCAGGGAAUCUCAUUGAAUAUUUUAGCCCCCCGCUUUCACAGACAAGGCUUAUGCUAGUCCUAGACUAAAAUGCAUGUUUGAGCUGUUUUAACUGAAAGCAACUUGUACUGACAUAUCUUAAAAUAUGUCACUGCCAUUGUUUUGUCUCAAGAUGCACACCAGUAAUGUUUUUUUCAAGUGUACGUUUAUAAAAGAUACUUAAAUAUCCUAAUUGAACUAAGGCCUAAUCCUUGCUUAGGCUAAGCCUUGUCUGUGAAACCGGGCCUAGAUGUGUUUACUAAUGAACAAUCUUUAUAGAAGUUAUUUUUUGUUUUUAUCAUAAGGUUUCAGUCGGUGUUGCUGCACACAAACCCAACACAGUUAAACUGGACUAAGGGAAUUCAAAAAUGUAUCUAGAUAAGACAAACAAGAUAAUUCGGUACAAUUUUCAGUGCAUUUAAUUAUUGAGAGCUCUUUGUUUUGAGAAUUGUUGAGAUUUAUUUGGAGUGGAAGAAGGUUGCAUUUAUUUACUUGAAGAUAAUAGCAGCUGCCAGAUACAUAUCCCAUAAUCUCCGUCAUUAGCGAGACAAAACAUUUUGUUCAUCUGAUUUGUGCCAAAAUGCAUCAAACGCAUUGUUUCUUUAUUUUAAAGAUGGAACAGGCAUGAAAAGCCUUUGGCCAGCAUUGAAAAUGAUGCCAGAAAUCAAUUUUACACUUCAGUGCUCUCGUCUUUAUAGUAAUUUUAAAGUGCAAUACCAUUUUGUCAGACAUUAAGUGUAGAACCCUGGAACAGGAUACUCUGCGUUUGCUGUUUCACUUCAAUUUAAUGCAAACAUCUUUAUAAAUUCAUCUCAGCUGUUUGGCCAAAUCGCUAUCACGUCUGUUAAGCAACAUCGAACAUUCAGAGUAUGAAGUUCCUUGUUUCGAUUUGAAGAUUGUACUGUUCCCUACAGUAUUUGUGUCUUCUGUGUGUCAUGCAACUGUUGUUGAUUUUGUACAAUUCUCAGAGCACCUUAUCGUCGUGUGUACAUUGCCACCCAGUCGCCGUUGCCAGCUGUAAUUAGAUGCCCAUUUGCACUAAGCACCUACCUUAGUAACACUCCAGAUUUUAUUUGAUGUAGUAAAUUAGGAGAACAUAAGAAGGGAGAUUGUAAUAGUAUAAUUAUCUAAUAUUUUAUGUUUUGCACACUGCCGUUCAAAAGUUUGGGGUCAGUAAGAAAACGUUUUAUUCAGCAAGGAUGCAUUAAAUUGAUUGAAAGUGACAGUAAAGACUUUUACAUCCUUACAAAAGGUUUCAUUUUUUGAAUAAAUGCUGUUCUUGUUUUUUCCUGUUUCAUGUUUUUUUCACAAUGAAUAUUAAGCUGCACAACUGUUUUCAACGCUGUGUUCACGCCACCUCGUAUUUACUGGAAUCUUGACAACACGUGACGUUAUAUUCAGAGUUGUUCAAGUCCUUGGACUGGGAAUUAUGCGUUGCCAUGGCACCACUAUCAACGCCUAAAUGAAUCUACAGCGGUCAGGUGGUACAGCAGCCACGUGGUACAUCUGGGAGCUUUCAGAAAACUCCCAGCUUACAAGCUGUAAUUACGAGCUCUACGAGGACGUGAACGCUUUUUACAAGCUAGAAUCUCGUAACUACAGGAAUUACGAGGCCGCGUGAACGCACCUAUAGAAACGGACAUGAACAGCUCCGAAUACAACGUCACAUGUUGUCAUCUCAAGAUUCCGGUAAAUACGAGGUGGCGUGAACGCAGCACAAAUCAGCAUAUUAGAAUAAUUUUGAAGGAUCAUGUGACAGUGAAGACUGGAGUAAUUAUGCUGAAAAUUCAGCUUUGCCAAUACAUAAACAUAUAAAACAGUUAUUUUAAAUUCUAAUAAUAUUUCACAAUAUUACUGUUUUUUUUAACUGUAUUUUAGAGACUUCUUUCAAAAACCUAAAAAAAAAAAAAAAAAAAAUCUUACCGACCCCAAACUUUUGAACAAUAAUGUAGAUCUAAUGUAUGAAUUGGCAGUCUUUUUGUUUUGAAUAUUGUGAUUUUUAUAUCACACUUAAACUCCUUCAGAACAGUACGAUGACAUCAGUCAGGGACAGUUUUUUUUUUUUUUUACUUUUUACUGCUUUUCAAGUGGAUAUGGGAAAAAAGGUGCAUUCACUGAGUAUUUUCUUUUGUAUGUUAUGGUGUCACCUAGUGGCUUGAACAUCAUGCAAAUGUUUUCAGUUGCCAAUGCCAUUAAUUUAUUUAACAAGGGAAAAUGCCCACUUUUGGCCAUGUUUUAGUGGUAAUACCCUUAGAGUAGCAAUAGAUAACCAACAAAAUGCUUCUCAAUAGAUAUGUAAGUAAAGAAUUUGAUGGCAAGUUCCCUUAAGCCCCCUUUCCGCCGUUUCUAAGCUGUCAUGGUACUUAUAGUCGUGCCAUAAGACUGACUGAUCUGUGUAUGUGAUGAAUGAACAUGUCUGUCAUCCUCUGUGUCUCUGCUUUGGUUCGAGAUAAACACUCCGUUGUGUAAUGACUAAAUCAUUGUCCAUUUUCUGUUACUACACUGAAGUAGAGUAUGCCUUAAGUAAAGCUAUACAAUGGGUCAUGUUAUUUAUUGCAAGUGGUAUGUUUUUCAUUUAUAGAUAUAAGUUUUUUUGUUUUCCCCUUCUGUCAAUAAAUAUGAUUGUAAAGACGUGAACAGUUUCCAUACCAGUAUUUAACAAUGUUCGUUGUUCUGUGUAGUAAAUCAAACCAGUAAAUACAUCUGAAAUAUACAAUUGUCCUGUGUAUUUUUAUGCAUAUGUAUGCUACCAGAAAAAAAUUGACACACUUAACAGAAAUAUGUUUAUAAAAUAAAAUGGUAUUUUUAUUUUAUAUAUUAUUACUGUUACUAUUUUACAAAUUUCUUUUGAAAUAGGAGCAGAUAGUGAAGAAAAAGAGCAAAGUGUCUGUCAAACAUGUCAGCUCAUGUGAACAAAAAGGUGAUGACUCUGAAGAAGGUAAACAUUUUUGGUAACGCAUAUUUAUUUAAUAAUUCUCAUUAUAUAAAUUAUCUACAAAGUAUACAUAUAUAUGGUAAUAAAAUAAAGGGAAAAGUGAUUAAAAAGAAUGAGUAGAUGUGUUUUUCCCUGUGUUCAGCCAUAUUUUUUUUUUCCAAUUUUAGGGUUUAGAUUUAAGUGAUAUAGAGUAGUAAUAACUGGAGAGAGGGGUGUGGAAGUGUUGUAGGUUGUCUGGGAUUGGAGGGGAGGACUGAUUAGCCUGGCUUUAUCCCGUCUAUGCCAGAUGGUACACUAGGCUUACCUGCGGGCCUCUCUAAGCCUUGUCCCCGGCCAUGCUUUGGACACAUCCUGCUCAAACCACAAGACACUGCGGAAGAUCUAACGUGGACUUUGGAUGUGUUAGUUCUUUUGGCGAACUCAAAUGUGGGGUGUCAGCAUGACUCUUAUAGCCUCUAAAGUGGUGGCUCUGCUGCUGUUGUCAGUCCAUCUCCUGCAUGCAUCUGCCCUGCCGGCAGCAUCCUCCUAUGAGUUCAAUGCCUACAGGAUGCAGCAAUACAACUUACAUCAGGACAAACAUGGUUGCCGUGGAGCUAUUGUGGUGGCAGAGGCGCGAUCGGCUGCGGAGGCGGUUCUGACUCGCCGCUGUGUGAUCAUGAAGCUGCCUGAUUUCACCACAGAGCGCUACCUAGAGGCCAAAAAGCAGAAUGCAGCAGCGGUUUUGAUACUGCUACCCCGAAAUAUCUCUUCUGUACCAGAGGAUAUAGUGCAGGGCUUCAUGGUGGCUGAAUCUCAAGUCCUGCAGAACGAGACCCUCAUGCCUGUGUAUGUGGUCCCAGAGGAUGACCAGCUGCUCUAUAUGUAUGAAGAAGUCAGUCAGGCUGCAGCAACAAAGUCUGGUUCUGUACUAGUGAGAGUUCUCCGUAGUAUCAUCACCGCCACAGCCUUCCAAAUAUUAGUAAGCAACAACUCCCCCAUCAAGCCUAUCACUGAUACCACCAUCAUUACUUUAGAGGGAGUGCUUCCUGGAGCUGGAGAAGACCCACCCACCAUUGUAAUUACGGCCCAUUAUGACACGUUUGGUCUUGCUCCUUGGCUGGCGUAUGGUGCGGAUUCUAAUGGCAGUGGUGUCACAAUUCUUCUCGAACUGGUUCGACUUUUUCAUCACCUCUACAGUGAUCCACGAAGCCAGGCUCCAUACCACCUCUUAUUCUCCCUGACCGGUGGUGGUAAAUAUAAUUUCCUUGGCACCAAGCGUUGGCUGGAGGAAAAUAUUGACAAUGCUGAAUCCAGCCUUUUGCAAGACAAUGUGGCAUUCGUUAUAUGUCUGGACUCUCUUGGCAGCGGAGAUGAGCUUUUCCUACACGUUUCACGGCCACCUAAGCCUGGAACGCCUCAGUACAGCUUCAUUCAGCAGCUAGAGCAGAUAAUCUCUGCUAGGUUCCCCUGGGUGAGAUUUGGAACUGUCCAUAAGAAGAUCAACCUGCUGGAGACCAAUGUGGCUUGGGAGCACGAGCGCUAUGGGAUGAAACACAUCCCAGGAUUCACUCUGUCGCAUAUUGAGAACCCUAAAUCAGAGCUGAGAGGAUCUAUCCUGGACACCAUGGCACAGGUGGACAUCAGGAAGCUCAAGCGGAACGCUGUUAUUAUUGCUGAGUCCUUGGCAAGAUUCAUGUACAAUCUUUCAGACAAGGGCUCCGCUAAGGACAUGCAGGUUUUCAAGGGCAGUUUGGAUAUUCAAGACAGUCAUUUGUCUGCAUUGAUGACCAUGAUGACGUCUGUUCCCCGAGCCUUUCAGUUGCUGGACAAAGAACCAGGACACGUGCUCCUGAUCAGCAGCCUGCAGCAGGAGUUCAAACACUAUCUAAAGCAGGUCCAUAGACACACGUUCCACCAGGACAGAAGGGAUCCUGAAAUCACGUUCUUUGAUCAAAUGAGACAACCAAUGAUGAUGUACAGGGUGAAGCCUGCUGCCUUUGACCUGUUUUUGGGUGGCUGUAUAGCUGGAUACCUUGGAAUAGUCUAUUAUGCAGUCCAGAACUUUGGGAACAUCUACACAAAACUGAAAGCAACCAUGAAAGCCAAGCACCAAUAAGCUGGGUUGAACACAUCAAACGACCAAUGCACAGAGAAGUCUACAGCAUGGCCAAUGUAAUACCUGUGAGGACUGAAAAAUUUUGGAAUUCACUUCUUGAAUUUAAAGUGUUUUAUAAUUCCCUUGCUGUCUCUUCUGUUUCUGUUUGAUUUCUUUCUUUAAAUUAAAGAUCGCCCCUCUCUUUUAGAAUCAGCUACUUUGCUCAUUCUGGAAUCCUUCUGGAACUGUACUGUAUGUUUACACUUUAAUGAUAGAGGGGAAAAAGACUAAAUUAGAUGAUUACCCCAUGCAAAUAAGAUAUGUCGGGAGUAGAACGGAACUCAUGGAUAAAUUAUGAGUCACUUAAAAAGGAACCUGAUGCCAAGUAAGAGUGAGCGGAUCUGUUGAAUGCGGCACUGGGUCACCUAUAGGCUAUGUAGUGGAAUUAUGGUCACUGAACACCUAUAUGAAAGAGAAGCUUACGAACAGCAGUCGAUAAUGUUUAAGAUAAAUAUAACUGUGUUUUGUUAAAUAACAACAAAAAGUAAGUUGGAGCUUAAUGAUACACACACACAUAAUUAGGUUAUUUCUCCAUUUGAGUGUGUAUUUAAAAAGUAGACCUGGACCGAAUGUGUGGAACAUUUUUUCCCUGUUGAACUAUCUGAGUAACCUGAAAGCUGUCCUGUCCAUAAUAGGUCGCUGAAGACAUAAUUGAUUUACUUGUGUUGGCACAGACAAGGAGGAUUUUUUGUGGUGCUGACAGGGACUGUGGAUAAGUGCCAAAUGCUUGGUUAAAUGAUGGCUGUCUUGAUUAUCUCUUAUGAAUGAAGAACUCCUUUCAUUCAUACAGGAUUAGACAUUCAUUACUGUCAUCCACAAUAUUGUAGCUACAAUGACAUGAGUAGAUUCCCCUAAUUUAUCACAUUGUUAUUUUUUACUGUGGAGUCUAAUGUCAGAACAUUAGCAUUUUGAUGUUUUGGCUGUAGUGGUAUGGUUCAUUCACAGAGAAAGGGAAAUUUACUUAUGUUCAGAAAUUCUUAAAUAAAGACAAUUUAAAGAUCAACACACUACCAGACUACCAAAGAAAUUUAGCAAAGAGACAUUAAAUUGAUCAAAAGUGAAGGUAAAGGCACACAAAUUCAUAAAAAAAAUCUAAUUCAA